CCACCAUUGCGCCUUGGUAUUUUUCAGGAUCUUAUUGGAACUUUGUUGCGAAUUGCUCCUUUUGCUGAAACUGCAUUUUGAUUUGUUUAACUAUUGAACUUGCGAGUCCAAGGUUAAAGGCUAUUGCCUAAUGAGGCAACAGAUGUGUGGAGCCGAGCAGCAGCAGCAGUGACACCUCCAGGAGCACUCGGGACUUCCAGGGCGGAGGCGCACCUCAAUCGGAGCAAUAGCAAUCAAUUGAUUAACCAAUCGAUAAAUGGGCGCCGAGCAUUCGCAGCAGCGGGCGGAGGCCGAUGGCCAUGAGAUCUUCGAUGGGCAUGGGCGCCAGGCCCUGGAGCGAGGAUCGUCCCUGGCCGAUGGCAGCUCCAGCUCCAUGAUGCUGGCGGCCACUGUGGCGGCCAACAAGCGACGCGGUGUGGCUCAUCGCGGUGGUGGAGGUGGAUUAGGAGGAGGAGGAGUUGGUGUCCCAGGAGCAGGUGUCCCAGGAGCACCUGGCCCCGCCAGCAUUGUGAUAGCCAGCAAGCAGAUCAUCGCCGAGGCGGCCUCACCCGGCGGCUCUGAGCUGAGCAGGCCGCCCUCGCCGCCGCUGAGCGUGUGCUCCGAUCUGCCGUACGUCUCCUACACGGACAGACCCAUCGGCGACUCGCCCAAGAUCCGCAGCAAGCCGGCGCACAUGCUGCACCAGAGCAGCGCCAGUCGGGCGGCGGCCCGGAAGUCGCAUCCAGGCGGAUUCACCAGUGCGGUGAAGCCAAAGCGGCCGCAAUCGACGGCCUCCAGUCACAAUAUUGUGAUCGUGCGUCCCGGGGCCAGCGAUGCUGGCGAGGAUGUGGACCUGGACUUGGCACGGCUGCGCAACAUACCGCAGUUCCUGCCCGUGCUGCGCGAAUCGAUCACCUCGGCCACGUAUACGCGCGACGCCGAGAUUCUGGAGCGACUGAACUCGCAGCAUCUGGUCAACAUUUGCGCCCGCAUGCAGACGCACCUCAAUCUGUGCGCCAGCUAUGUGGCCAGCGAGCAGAACCACUUGGUGGAGCGCACCAAGGUGGUGAGCAACUCGAUCACCACGCUGUUCGCCGGUUUCGUGGACAUGCAGAAGACGUACGCCUCGUAUGCCGAGCAGUUUGCCAAGAUCCGGAGCGUCUCCCAUCAGCUGAGCCGCUGCAACUCGCUGCUGCACGAGAACAUUGCCAGCCUGGAGGCGAUCAACAACUUCCUGGACGACGAGGACCGCCUGGAGCCCUUCGUCUGGCGCACCGACGACAACAAGCUGCGCGGCGAGGCCGAAGGCGCCACCGGAGGCAACAGCAGCCGGCUGUGGCGGCUCUAGGAUCGGAUCCACUCACCCACUGCUCUCCAAAGAUUUUCUUAGUCCGUAAUCUUCGUGUAUUUAUUGUGUAUAUUACUCGUUAACGAAGCCGCUUAAUCGUGAUUUUUAAAUUAGUAAAUCGAACUUAAUAUUGAA